AAUCCAAAAUUCAUUUCCUUCAUUUGUGCUCAGUAAACUCGCGUCUCCAACCGAGCUUCGAAGAAAAGAAAGAAACCCUAAUCGACUUCACUCUUAGGUCUCGCCUUUGUUGCACCGUUGUCACAACGCCCACCUCCGUUGCGCAGCCGCGCGAACUCGGCCUCAGGUGCAAGUUUGCUCGCCUAGUUUAUUAUCUUAUAUAAUGGAAGAACACAUAAUAUCUGGCGAAUCCCCUAUUAAGCCACUUGAAUCAAGUGAGGAGGUUAAGGAAGUCAAUAGUAAUCAAGCAGCACAAGUUGCACUCAAACAAAAACAGAAAGUUAAGCGACAGACAACACAAACUACAUUAAAAAUAUAUAAACCCACUGGAUUAAGUAAUCCCGUCAAACGCCAAAGGAAAUGUACUUCUAUUGUAUGAGAUUUUUUUGAUAUUGUUGAUAAAGCUGAUGAUCAAGGGCAUAUGAUGGCUAAAUGCAAAAAAUAUGUUGCUGAAAGUACCCAUGGAACCGGUAAUCUGCUUAGGCAUCUAAAGAUUUGUAAAAAAUCUUUUGUUAGAGAUAUUGGGCAAUUACUCUUGAAAUCUAAUGCUUCAAGUUCAGUAGAUUCUGAAGGGUUUAAGUUUCAACCUGAGGUCUUCCGUGAAUUACUUGCGAUAGCUAUUGCUAGGCACAAUCUCCCUCUUCAAUUUGUUGAGUACGAAGGUGUUCGAAAUUGUUUCACUUAUUUGUGCCCUGAAGCUAAGAUCAUUUCAAGAAAUACCAUAAAACCUGACAUACUAAAGAUGUAUGCAAAAUAAAAAUCAAAACUUUCUGAUGUGUUGCAACAAGCUCCUGGUAGAAUAGCACUUACUUCUGAUUGUUGGACUUCUAUUACUACUGAUGGCUACAUUUUAUUAACUGAUCACUUUGUUGAUGUUGAUUGGUGUUUGAGAAAAAAGAUCUUGAUUUUAACUUUUAUGCCUCCUUCCCAUACCGGUGUUGAUUUAGCUGAAAAGGUAUGCAAUCUAUUGAAAGAAUGACGCAUUAAAAAGAAAAUUGUGUCUAUUACCUUGGACAAUGCUUCUUAUAAUGAUUCUUUAGUGGAUGGGUUAAAGUUUGAUUUGGAUUUAUUAUCUGAUGGUGAGCAUUUCUAUGUUCGUUGUUGUGCACACAUAUUAAAUUUGAUUGUACAUGAUGGAUUGAAAUAUGUAGAUGAAGCUGUUGUUAAAGUAAGGAAAAAUGUCAAAUAUUGCAAAGGAUGUCAAGGUAGAAAACAAAGAUUUUUUCAUUGUGUGCAAUAUGUUGCACUUGAAUAUAUUAAAGGUCUAAGGCAAGAUGUUCCUACACGUUGGAACUCCACUUAUCAGAUGUUAAAUAGUGUGUUGUAUUACAGGAAAACCUUUAUACAUUUGCAAAAGACUGAUGCAAAUUUUGUUCAUUGUCCAAGUGUUGAUGAAUGGAUGAGGAUUGAAAAAAUUUGCAAGUUCUUAAAAGUUUUUCAUGAAGUUACCUGUGUCUUUUCGGGUUCUAACUAUCCAACAGUUAACUUAUACUUUCCAAACAUAGUACCAGAACUGGCUGAGGCUUGGCAUUAGAAGACGAUAAAGUCAAUGGAAGGAAGGAAGGUGAGACUACUUUUGAAUAAGGAGAUGAAAAGUAAAGAUACAUUUAUGAAGAAUAUGUCCGUGAAAAUGUUUGGAAAGUUUGAGAAGUAUUGAGCUCAGUUUAGUACUAUUAUGGGCAUUGCUGUUAUUUUUGAUCCUCGGUAUAAAUAUCAAGUUAUUGAUUGGGCAUUUAAGAAGAUUUUUGAGGUGGAUUAUGACAUUAAGUUGGAGUUGUUCAAGGAUAAACUUUUCAGAUUGUUCAAUGAAUAUUCAUCUUCAACUAGUGAUAUUCAAAAUGCUCAUGGGUCUUAUUCUCGUAUGUCGGAUGAACAAGUUGUUGAUGAUGGUUUUAUGAAGGAUUUUGAUUCUUUUUAUAGCGAGGAAUUCACUUGUUGUGGUAAAUCAGAGCUGGAAAAAUAUUUGGAAGAGCCAAGAUUAGCCCACACAAGUGACAUAAAUGUUCUGGAAUAUUGGAAAACUUGUCAAAUGACUUAUCCAAUCCUAGCUCGGAUGGCUAGAGACAUUUUGGCUAUCCCAAUCUCCACUGUGGCUUCGGAAUCAACUUUUAGUAUUGGUGGGAGGGUACUUUAUGCCUAUAGAAGUUCAUUAAACCCAUCUACAGUGGAAUCACUGACUUGUCUUACGGAUUGGCUAUUUGAACAAGAUAACAUCAUUUGAACCUGAUAUGGAAGAAUUGUGUGGAGAAGUGGAAAAUUCUAUUGAUGAUGAUGAUGUCUUAGAUAUUUCGGAUGAUAGAAGCAAAGUUUCUAAAAAUUAGCAUUCAAGGAGAUUGGCAUGCUUUGGGAAGAAUUUAAGUUGGUGUUUCCACGAUUACACAUGUGAUGUGGUUCUAUUGUUUGAAUUGAAUUUUAGUAGCAAUUUUGCAUUGUCAUUGGUGUUUUGUUGAAUUAUGGCGUAAUAUUUAUGUUUUAAUAUUUAUUGAAUUGUGGAGCAUUUGUCAUUGUUUGAGUUUGACAUACUUU